AUGGCUUCCAACAGAGUUACCAAGGCUAAGCCUACCAAGAAGGCUGCUGCUAAGCCCAUCAUCAAGCCUACCGUCAAGGCCACCGCCAAGGCCGCGUCGGAAAGUAGUCGUGAGGUACUAGAAGAGAGGAUCGAGUUCCUACUUACCUGUAUCAAGGUCGACCUGAAUGCUGUUGGUCAACACUAUGGCAUCUCCACUAAUGCAGCGAACAUGCGCCUUCGACGUGCUAAGGAUUAUGUCGCUAAACUUGUAAGGGCUAGAGAGGAGGCUCAGAAUGGUGAUGAAGCCCCCGACACCACAGAGGAUGAGGAGGCUUAA